AUGCCCGAAGAUGAAGACUCAAUGGUGGUCGAACGUCCUGAUGAUAUAGAGGUACCACCUCCCUCGGAACCAUAUACCUUAAUUGAACCAUUCGAGUUCUUUAAUGAUUCUUCAGGAAUUUCAAAGAAAUGUCUUAUUAUACUAAACCAAUCAAUACGGGAUAUGAAUUUACGCCGAUUGUGGCCUAAUACCCGAUUGCAUAUAUGUGCUGAUGGAGGUGCAAACCAAUUAUACGAUUACUUUGAGGACGAAGACGAAAGAAGCAAAUUCGUGCCCGACUUUAUCACGGGAGACUGUGAUUCCGUCACCAACGAAAUAAAGCAAUACUACAUACUGAAAGGAACAGUAGUGAUACCACAGUAUUCACAAUAUUCUACCGACCUAACGAAAUCCUUAAUGUUGACGAAAAUAUAUUUCCAUUCAGAAACCCUAAGACUGAAGUUGUACGAGGGAAUUGAAUCAGAUAAUGGACUUUCGGAGCUAGGUCAGUCUUUGGAAGCGUCAGGUGCAACACCAGUAUAUGUCUACAUGUUGGGUGGUAUCGGAGGCAGAUUCGACCAAACUAUACAUUCAAUCAAUCAGCUCUACAAGCUCAAUCAAUCAGAUCCCCAUUUGCAGAUAUUCUUUGUCUCACAUUCAGACAUGAUUUUUUUAAUAAAGAAAGGACUCAACUACAUCCAAUAUGAACGAAAAUCCCUCUUUAACACUUCAAGAAAGGCCCCAAUAUGUGGGCUACUACCACUAAGCAAUACACCUAUUACAUUAAAUACCCAUGGCCUAAAGUACGAUGUGAUCAACUGGACUAGCAGUAUGAUCGGAAACGUAAGCUCCAGCAAUGGAAUUUGUGGAACCAAUGGAUUUAUUGUGAACGCAACUGACGACAUAGUUAUGAAUGCGUCGAUAGAUCAUUAUUAG